AUGAUAGAAACGGGCUCACUUUAUGAUCGUUGGCAGUUGAUGGGAGAGGGACAUGAUACAACUUCAACAGCUCUUCUGUUUACUCUAAUGUUACUGGCCAACCAUCAAGAAGAACAGAACAAAGCCUUUGAAGAAUGUUUCCGAAUUUUUGGUACAUCUAAACGGACUGCUACAAUGAGUGAUCUAGCAGAGAUGAAGUACCUAGAAAGUUGCAUCAAAGAAUCACUGAGGCUUUACCCACCUGUAUAUUAUAUAUCAAGGAGCUGCGAUGAACCACUUUAUUUAAAAAACUACAAGUGUCCGCCUGGAAUUGAUUGUGGUAUUUUAAUUAUCGACUUGCAUCGACGCAGUGAUCAGUUUGUGGAACCAAUGAGAUUUCGUCCAGAAAGAUUCAUGGAAGAGCCUACUUGGCACCCUUUUGCAUAUAUACCAUUUAGCGCAGGACAUAGGAAUUGCAUAGGUCAAAAAUUUGCAAUGAUGGAAAUGAAGUUAGUGUUAUCAGCGGUGCUGCGUAAAUAUCGGCUGUUGCCCGUUACUAAGCCUCAGGAUAUUCGUUUUAUCCUCGAUAUAAUUCUGAGACCAAAAGAUCCCAUUUAUGUUAAAUUUGAAGAACGGUUUACAAUA